AUGGACACAGCUGAACGAUUUGACACUUGUUUUCCGGCAGGCGGUUUCUAUCAAGAUGAGUUUGCCUACACUGGAAGACUAUUCCAUGGCAUGGGGUGUAAAAUUUGUUCGUUAGGUCAUUAUGUACCCCCUCACGCUGCCCCAGGAAGAGCCAUCACAGAGUGUAUUUUAUGUCCUCAAGGUACCGAAAAUAUCCAAUUUGCGGGAUUCAAAGGGUGCAAGUGUCUCCCGAACUUUUAUCGAUUGGAUCGAUUUGGCCCGUGUACACGAUGUCCUUUUCAAGGACUCGCCUGCCAAAACGAAUCAGUGCGACUGCAACCAGGUUUCUUCUGGAAAUGGGCAACAAACGAAAGUCUUUCGAAAUAUGAAGAAUUUUCUGAAGAUCUUUCAAUCACUGAUAACUCAUACAAACAGCUUAGAUUUCAAGGAGUAAUCCCACAAGUCUACAAAUGCCCAGCCUCUGACGCCUGUCUCGGAGAUAUGAAGUCGAGUUGUUCCCAUGGUUAUGAUGGUCCCUUAUGCGCAGUGUGCAGUAAAGGCCAUUACCAACUGUUGAACCGUUGUCGAAAAUGUCCCAGGAUGCUUUGGUUUGUUUUACAAGUGAGCGGGAUCGUCAUUAUCAUUGCUAUUCUCGCGGUGAGCAUCUUUCUGGGCAAAAGAAGAAAAUGCGCUUCCAAUAGGACGGUAACUGACUUGAUCCUAGCAAGACUUAAGAUUGUUAUUGGGUUUUACCAAGUCACUUCUGGUACAUUGAACACAUUUUCGUACGUUGAAUGGCCGAGUGCAUUAUUAACAGUUGUGUAUUAUGCCAAUAUGGUUCAACUAAACCUGUUGGAGAUUUUUCCUUUGCAGUGCUUCGUUGACAAUUUAACCAUAAACGUAUAUACCAAGUUAUUGCUGGUUGUAGGGUCAAACACUGCAAUUGUUUUUCUAGCAGCGUUCAUUUACCAAAUAAGGAAACUGAUGCUUAUCCACGGUAAAAAGCUAGCCAAUGCUGAGCUGGCUGAGUCUCUUUCCUCCGACAAAACGCAAAUCUAUCGCGUCGUUUGCCUGCUGAUUUUUGUGACAUACCCCUGGACGUGCACCACCAUCUUCAAUCUUCUCUCGCCAACGUGUCAGCGGAUUUGCUCCACCGCCGACUCGUGCCAGUACUUCUUGCGCGCCGACUUUUCAGUCCAGUGCUUCACUAAAAAGUACAACAGAUAUGUGAUAGCGGUCUAUCUCUUACUCCUUCUCGUUGUUGCUAUACCAGUUAUAGUUUUGCUUUUGCUGUGGAAAUAUCACCACAGAAAAGUUUAUGAGGAAGCGGAAGCCCAAGUUUGCAAGGGUCGAGAAAUAUCCAACGGCCUGAGCUUUCUCUAUGAAAACUACGCACCGCAGUGCUGGUUCUGGGAAAUCAUCGAGUUAGUGAGAAAAGUGUGGGUGACCUCAACGCUCUUUCUGAUGGGAGCAAACACACGAAGUCAUCUUGGCGCAGCUGCCAUUAUAUCCGGGAUCUACUCCAUUUUGGUGGCGUAUUACAAACCAAUCAGUGACACGUUUGAACACUGGCUGCAGCUGGUGUCACUUAUCGCCAACUUUGUCACUAUGAACGUUGGAAUGCUGUUGAAAAUACCAACAGAAGAGGAUUCAUCAAGUACCUUUGGCGACAGGGAAUCUGACUUUGUUUCCGUCAUCCUGGUGGCUGUAAAUGUCACCAUUAUUGCGCUAAUGAUGGUGCAUUACAUAUACACCUUCAUCACUGCAAUUAAGAGUGUAAGAAGCAAGCCUCAGUGUGGAGCCGAGUGUUGCGUGACAUUCACGAUGAUAAUGGUCGGAGCGGGAGAGGAUGCUACAGACAUAGACAGCGGAGGAAUUCAAAACUCGACAAGGUCUCAAACUGUUACUUAAAACACCUCUUGGAUUUACAGAGGAUUUCAUUCUUGUAUCAUGGACAACCAAUUAUUUGCUGCCCUCUUUAGAAGCCUUUCAGAAAAAAGAGAAAAAAUAAUAAGGAAACUAUGUUAACUGGAUUUUAAAAUCUAAUUUAGGUUUAAAACAUAGGAUUUACUUUAGUUAAAUGUUGCUUAAAUGUACCAAGGUAGAUUGAAUAAUCAAGGGGC